UAAUUAUAUACUGCUAUCUACAAUAUAUAAAUACGAUUAAUGUUACAUACAAUUAAUUUAAUUAUUUGAAAAGUUUUACUCAUUAAUCGAAUUUUAAUUUCAUUUUAUUAAGAAUAAUGAAUUUAUUUGUAAUUUUCUCAAUAUUUAUUAUACUACAUCUUAUAUCUGAUUCAAGUUGUAACGAUGAGCCAUCUGAAGACGAGUUAAAGAUUGUUAUAGGUACUAGAGGAUGGAGAUCAAUGAAGGGCACAAAUUUCUAUAAGAAUUCUUAUGAAAAGACAAACCAUAAUGUUAUAAACCUAGCAUUUCUAGAAUGGCAAAGUUAUGAUUCGAUGUACCAAUGCAGUGGUAUAAUUUUAAAUUCAAUUUAUGUCUGUCUUAUCGAACAACUCUAUAAAAAGUAUUCAAAUGCAGCAAAUCGCUAUAUGAAAUUUCAUGACAACACUGAUAAAAACAACUCCUUACAAAAAUUAUGGAGAAGUAUAACUAUGAUGGAUUGUUUUGUAACCCAUUUGAUAAAUGGCCUUAAAUUUUUUAAUAUUGAGGAUAAAGCUGUGCUUGAAAAUCUUAUACAAUUCAAAACAUUUAUUAAAAAAAACACUAUACAAGGAACGUAUAGUGAAGAUUCGAUUAAUGUUAAGUUUAUCAAAAUAAUCAACGUCGUAACAUUUGAUAAUAAUCUUCAGAAUUUUAAAGAAAAACACGUUGAUCAAAGACGUAUAGAAUAUUCUAUCUUAUAUUUUAUUAAUUCCUUAUGUGGAGUUGAUGACCAAAUAAUAAAUGAUAAUGAAUUUAUUAAUCCUGAUCAGAAUGAUAUAAAAAUCAAAAUUGAAUAUAGUAUAAAGAUGUUUUAUUUUGAUUUUGGAUUUAGAUAUAAUCUGUUUAAUCAGGCCAAUCUUGAAGAACUCAAUGAAGAAUUAUACCUAAUUUCUAAUUCAAUUUGUAAAAGUAAGCCAACUGAAAAGGAAUUAAAGUUAGUUAUAAAUGUGUCAGGAUGGACAUCAAUAAACACACGUUUGUAUGAUAAUUAUGAUGAAAAGUUAAAAAAUAAUAGUAUUUGGUUAGCGUUUGUACACACGGGAAGUUAUGAUUCGAUGUACAAAAGUGGUGGUGUAAUUUUAAAUUCAAUUUAUGUAUGUCUUAUUGAACAACUUUAUAAAAAGUAUUCAAAUGCAGCAAAUUACUAUAUGAAAUUGCAUAAUAACACUGAUAAAAACAAAUGGUUACAAAAAUUAUGGAAAAGUAUAAUUAUGAUAGAUUGUUUGGUAACCCAUUUGAUAAAUGGCCUUAAGUUUUUUAAUUUUAAGGAAAUAGCUGUGCUUGAAAAUCUUAUAAAAUUCAAAACAUUUAUUAAAGAAAACACAAUAAAAGGACCGUAUAAUGAAUAUUCGAUUGAUGAUAAAUUUACCGAAAUAAUCAACGUCGUAACAUUUGAUAAUAAUCUUCAGAAUUUUAAAGAAAAACACGUUGAACAAAGACGUAUAGAAUAUUUUAUCUUAUAUUUUAUUAAUUCCUUAUGUGGAGUUGAUGACAAAAUAAUAAAAGAUGAUGAAUUUAUUGAUCCCGAUCAGAAUGAUAUAAAAAAAAUAAUUGAGUAUGGUAUCCAGGUUUUUUAUUUCAAUUUUGGUUUUGAUUAUGAUUUUUUUAAUCAGCACUUUGAACCUGAAGAUAUUAUUGACAUGACAACUGGGGAGUUACGUAUUUGGGAUUAUAUGUGUAUUAAUUUUUAAUAAGUACUAAUAAUUUGUGUAAAAUUUAUUAGAUUAAUUAUUCAAAUUUAAUAAAAUAAUGUGUUAUUAAAAUAAAAUGAUGUCAUUAAUUAAUAAAAAUAUUAUGUUUUUUUCUUUAAAUAAUAAUUUUUUCCUUGUAAAAUAA